UGCUUAUUGAGAGAGGAGCUGGUGCAGAUGAUAAUGGAUGCCCACCACCGGCAAGCAGUCAUGUACCUGACCUUGGAGAUGGUGGAUCAUGAGGAAUCCUCUGAGAGUAUCUCAUGUUGCUUCACGCCCUGUGGUGUCCUUGAGCAGACAUCUGGCAUUUCUGAGAGUCAACUUCAGUGUUUGGAUGGUGGGCCCCUGUCAGAACAGCACCAAAUAAACAGUCAAGAUAAGAAGAUCCCGAAGUUUACCAGGAGUAGCCCGGGCACACCAAGGGAGAUGAGACAUGCUGACCAGGUUGGGAGGAAGGAGAACAGUCGAACGAAACUUCUUCCGAAGUUAGAUAUUAUGAAUACCACUAUGCUGCGGAAUACAGAGCCCAAUGGCAUAUCAGCUGCAAGCUGGACAGACAUGAGCACCAAGCCUGUUCCUCCAGCCUCCCCGGCUCCACAGUCAUCGCUGCUUAGCCGGUCUGCACCAACCAUCAUGGAGCCUUUCCUUGGUGCAAGUUCCCUUCUACAAGUGCGGACUAACAUUCACAAUCGAUUGACAAACUCCAAAGAGACUGAUGAAUGGGGUCAGAAGGGUUCUCCAGAUUCAGGGAAAAUCAGGACUCCAAGAACUUUGGCUCCAUUGAAGAGAGGGUGCAGAAAUAUCCCUCAAGUAUCAUUUAUUCGCGCACCACGUCCACUCAAACCUAUUGGAUUAUUUCCUCCAUCUUCUGACCCCUCAGGCAAGACAGAAAAGGCAGCCAGAGAGGAUAGAGAAGGAAGCUGUGCCAGUGGUAGACAAGGGCCACUGGGUAGAGAGGACACUAAUAGGGACAAUUGUGAUCAAGAGAGCCUGGUGGAUUAUCAGGACUCAUGUGUGUUUGAGUGUGCAGCAAACCCAGGACAACCCAGUCUGUAUGGUGAGUCUACUGGUGUGAUGUUUGAGGAAGGUGUUUGUGUCAUAUCUCUGUUUGACAAGGAAAACUGUGAAUUUCAGCAUACAGACGUUAACACUGAAACAGCACAGGGUGACAAAGACCCUCAGAUUGACUAUGCAGAUGAGGCACAAGCUAAGCAGAAGGUGGUCUGCUUUGAAAAUCCUUCAUCAGAGGCAUGCAGGGCAGAGCAAUCACAUUCAAAGUCACAUUCCACAACUGAGGACACUCCAGUGUAUGACGUCAUAACUGAAAACUCACACGGUGUGGGAGUUGGUACUGAGCCUCUUCUUGUUCCAACUGUAAAUGUCAUAUUGUCAAAGGACGAACAUGUGGUAAGAUUGAAGAUAGACAGAAAGGGAAGCACUCCUUUUCAAACUAAUAAUUCUUUUAAUGUCUUGGCAUGUAAAAACCAGAGUAGGAAAAAUCCAACCGUUCCAUUCCAUGUAAAGUGUCAAGAUGGAAAAUCUGAUUUAGUCAACAAAAAUAUGUCUAAAGGUAUUCACACACACACAGCACAAGCAAGCACUCGAAAACGAGUUACGGAGUCAGUAAAGCCCAGAAGGGGUAGUGCUGACAAGAAACGUCUGAGUAAUAUAAGGUCACAAAGUCAAAAGCAACUCAACCAAAAGGACCAGAAUAGGACCAAACACCUCCCCAAUACGGAGAUUGUAGGACAACCCAAGGCCAAAUCAGCUGUGGAUUAUGUAACGUACAAUGACAUGUUUCACGAGAUCAUGCACGGAGACAAUGGGCCGGCCAUCUUUGAGAUGUUCGCAACCCCGCUGUAUGACAAACUCAGAGUGGCAAGGUCCUCUGACAGAGAGAGGCAGGUGCAGUCAGCUCCACCAAUCAAGGACCAGAUCCAAAACUUCAAGAACAGGUGUCCCAAAAAAGUGGAGAGAAAGAAAAAGAAACAGGCUGAUAAGAAUAAACCGAAAAGAAAUAGGGAGACUGUAGCCACAGGACAGCCUUGCAAUGUACUAUCUUUGAAAAUAGACAACACUGAAUCAUUUUCCAAUCCAAAUCAUGCCAGCAGCACAAGGAAGCCAGAGGUUAUAUCAUCUGUUGAGGUAAAUGAAGAAAUAGAGGCUACUGAAAGUGAAGAUCAAACACAAAAAGCGCAUGUAUUAUCAAUAAUUCAAGAAGCUCUAUCUCAAUCUAGCUCCCUGGCCCCUAUGCUUGGCAAUCAGUUGCAAGGAAAAUAUCUUGGCACUUCUGCUGAGAAAAGGAAAGCCUCCACUCAGCUCACAGGGAGCAAUCAGGAAGUCCAUGAAGAACCUGAGGUGAAGGUUGAUCCGAACACUGAAUGUAAUCAAAGUCCAGACUUUAUUAGUUCACAAGAAUGGUCUGCACAGGGAAAAGUCAACAGUUGGACAUCAAGCACAAAGGAGCGAACACGCCUGCCUCUAUUUCAGACAUAUGGGGAUAAAGAAGAGGACGAACCUCUUACAGAUGAGCUGAUGCAGUGCCUGGUGGAUGAGUUGAUAUCACUGGAGGAGAAAGAAAUAGAAACUGACCAUUCCGAGAACACCAGAGUUGACGGGCACAGAAAAGAAGCUCCACUGUUGACCCAACAAACGUUCCACAAGGCCAGAGGGGUGGUCAACAUGGAAGGGUCUUAUGACGAUGGAGCCAUCACAUGGACAAAAGGAGAAGUCCUGGGUAGAGGGGCAUAUGGAACAGUCUACUGUGGUCUGACUAGCCAGGGGCAGCUUAUUGCCGUGAAACAAGUAAUUCUGGAUGCCAUGGACAAGGAGACGGCAGAUAAGGAGUAUGGCUCCCUCCAAAGAGAAGUGGACCUGCUGAAAAGCCUCCACCACACCAACAUUGUUGGUUUCCUAGGCACCUCUUUGAGCGAGAGCAUCAUCAGCAUAUUCAUGGAGUACGUCCCUGGAGGAUCCAUUGCCAGUGUUCUUCAUCGUUUCGGUCCCUUACCGGAAAGGGUGUUUGCCAUCUACACCCAGCAGAUCUUGGAGGGGGUGGCCUACUUACAUAGCAACAGAAUCAUCCACAGAGACCUGAAGGGGAACAACAUUAUGCUCAUGCCCACUGGUGUGGUCAAGCUCAUCGACUUCGGCUGUGCCCGCCAGCUUAGCCAUUUCAACCAAACCGGCAGUCACGGCAACCUUCUGAAGUCUGCACACGGUACGCCCUACUGGAUGGCACCGGAAGUGAUUAAUGAGACUGGGCAUGGUCGGAAGUCGGAUAUCUGGAGUGUUGGCUGCACUGUGUUUGAGAUGGCUACUGGCAAACCGCCACUGACUCACAUGGACAAGAUGGCUGCUUUAUUCUACAUAGGGGCUCGACAAGGGCUGAUGCCAUCUUUGCCUGACAACUUCUCCAAACAUGCGAAACAUUUUGUACAAGCAUGUCUGACAAGUGAUCAGCAUCUGAGACCGUCUGCAGAGCAGCUAUUGGAACAUCCCUUCAUUAUGCAUGGACGAUGGUUUGACUAAACAUCCCUGUUCACCAGACAAAUUGAUUUGAUUCGCCAUUUCAGAUUAAUGCUACGUUGGAAUGUAAAUUACAAAAUGCCUUACAAUCAAAAACAAACUGCAUUAAAAUGUACAAACACAGCUGUACAGGAGUAUUGACCAAUUAUCUUUAUCAUUCAAUAUAUCAGACCGAAUAAUAAAAUUGAAGCCGAUUUUUCAAAUAUUUUAACUGU